GCCAAGCUCGAGGGAUUCAUCACCGACGGCGGCUACGCCUGCGCCUGCCCCGCCUCCGCCGGCUGCGGCUACCACGGCAAGGUGCUGUCGGCGCGGCAAUUCGAGAAGCACGCGGGGGCCGAGUCGAAUAACCCGAACGGUCACAUCCUCCUGCGCAACGGCAAGUCGCUCUACCAGCUUUUCCAUGACCUCAGGCACGUGCCCGCCGAGGCGUUGGCGGCGAAGUUCCUGGAGUUCGCCGGGGUACCCAUGACGACUGUGCCCGCCGCCGAAGCCUCGCCCGCGAGCUGGGAACCCAACGGUAUUCAGGUUGAUGAUGCGACGGCGGAGGCCCCUUGGGCCCCUGCGCUAGCAGCAUCGGGAGACGUGGAGAUGCUGACCGAGGACGAUCAAGAGAAGGCCAGAUUGUUUCUGCUUGAUUCGAAUUUGAGCCCCACUUCUAGUUCACUGGGGUCAGCUGCGGAGGAUAAUUUGGAAGACUACUCGAAUGAAUCUGCCAGCAAUAAUAGCAUCUCAAACUCUAAUUGGGGUGCAUCCAGAAGGCGGUCUGUGAGACACUUUAGACCACAAGGAGGCACUGAGACUUCGACUACAACCUUCAAUGGAUGCCCAGACAAAGGGGCUUCUGGCCUUUCUACUGGCACCUCAAAGAAGAAGAAAGGAACUGAAGAAACUUGCAAUGCACAGAACACAGGAGGUACUCUCAGUCUCAGCAUCAUCGAUGGUGCAAAGUCUGGUUCUCCUGUACCUAUUGCAGUAACCCCUAACUACUCGAUACAUGAUUCCACAGAUUAUUUAGGGCUUAUUCCUUUAUCAAGUCCAGUAACAAGCGCUCAAGGAUCACGCCCAAACUGCAGCAUAGACUCAAAGUAUAAAGAAUUGAAAAUGAGGGAUACCACUUUGCAUCCACUGAUUUUCAAGGAAGGUGGCCUUCCAGAUAAUACUUUGUUGACUUACAAGUUGAAGAACGGAGAGGUUCGAAGGCAAGGGUAUAAGAAGGGAACUGUUAUCGUCUGCAAUUGUUGCAAUGAAGAGUAUACUCCUUCAGCCUUUGAAAAACAUGCUGGCAUGGGAGAAAGGCGACAACCGUAUCACAACAUUUAUACAUCAGAAGGGGUAACACUUCAUGAUAUAGCUCUGCAACUGCAUCGUUUGAAUUUGAAUUCAAAUGGAUUUGGCAAUGCUAGUGUUUCCAGCUUCAGUGACUACCCAAACCUUACUUCUUCAGGUUGUGGCAAAGAACCUUCUACUACCAGUGGACCUAUUGUUCCCCUGAAACGGACUUUACAAGAAAGAGUGGUCCAAACAGAGAGUUGCUAUUUCUGUAGGUAUGGUGACACAGAGUUUGGAAAAUUGGAUCCAAACACAAUUUUCUUCUGUAACCAGUGCGAGAGACCAUGCCACGUGAGAUGCUACAAUAGUAGAGAUAGAGAUGUAAAAAAGGUGCCUCUGGAAAUUCUGAAAGAAUACAUGUGUUUUCGUUUCUUGUGCUGCGAAGAAUGUCAAUCACUUCGUGCCCGUCUAGAAGGAGUGGAAAAGGGUGAAGAGAUCGCCUUCCUUAGACAGAUAAGGUCCAAUAUUUGUUGGCGGCUUUUAAGUAAAGCGGAUGCAAGUAGGGAUGUCAAACUCUACAUGUCUCAGGCCAUCGAUAUCUUCAAAGAUGCAUUUGUGGAAUCUACUGAUGCGCAUAGUGACAUCUUCUCGGAUAUGGUUUAUGGAAAAAAUGGAGCAGGAGAGAAGGAUUUUCGAGGAAUGUAUUGUGUAGUGUUAACUGCAAGUACGCAUGUUGUAUCUGCUGCGAUUCUGAAAGUGCGCGUGGAACAAUUUGCAGAACUGGUCCUUAUUGCUACUCGUAGCGAGUGCAGAAAAAAGGGCUACUUCAGACUUCUCCUAAAGUCAAUCGAGGCAAAUUUGAGAGCCUGUAAUGUGAGCCUUCUUAUGGCGCCUGUUGACCCUGAAAUGGCGCAAAUCUGGUCAGAGAAGCUUGGGUUCACAAUUUUGUCAGCCGAAGAGAAGAAGUCAAUGCUGGAGUCGCACCCCUUGGUGAUGUUCCAGGACCUAGUCUUGGUGCAGAAACCACUUGCUUGAGCAAAUCUAAUCCAUGUUUGAUCAGACUACUUCAGAAAUGAGCAAAUCUAAUCGAUGUUUGAUCAGACUACUUCAGAAAUGAAAAUCUGGUUCGUGCUGCUUGGGAGAGAAUUUACCUUUUCUAGAUGAUUUACCUGUUGCAUAGGUUAGUUUAGGAGAUGAUUCUAUGCACAACUUUUUCAUUCUAGUAGAGACUAGACAGUAGAGACAUGAGUUGCCUGUGUACCUUUUCUAAAGUGUCAUAUAUAGACCUUGUUUAGUUGAGGAGGUGAAAAAUUUUUGGAUAUUGUA